CCCCUUCUGCUCUUCAGUAGUACAAAUCAAAAAAGCAAAAACCCUUUUCCUGCAUUUCUUCCUUCAGGUUUAAACUAUGCGCAUGCGCACAGUUGACAGUAUGAGCGGCAGCACGCACAGGAGUGUGUGAGCAUAUGUGUGACUUUGUGUAAGUGUGUUACUUGCUGUAAGUGUGUGAGUAUGUUAACUUUACAGGUGAGUCAGUGUCCGUCCAUAUUUCCGGCCGGCUAUAUUUUUGAAUUACGUCAUGCUUAUUCGAUAAACUUCUGCCUUGUGUCUUCCUGCUACUUACGCCCGUGUAGAAAACAUCAACUUUAACGCUUAUUCUGUUAGUCUAUAGACACGCAUGCGUGUCAUUCUUUGUCGCGACGAUUGUCCCGGUCACGCAAAAAUUACUUGAAGUUCGGCUUUGUUUGAUUGACAGCUGGGCUCUGAUUUCUGCGUCACUCCUGCAGACGUUUUCUUAUCAGACAGACACGCCUAACAGGAAGAGAGUCGAGGGUGCUGCGUUCACGGACCUAAGCAUGUACUCUGAGGCUCAGGGUCUGAAUCGUGGUCCGAGGAUUACUGUCUGAUGUCUAAACCGAGGUCUGGGUCCAGGUUUGAUGUCCUAGUCCAAGUGUUCUGAAUUGUCCUUGAUUUUUAAGGAACUGUUUUUUCUUGAUCCACUCAAUCCAUGCCCAUAUCAGGAAGUCUUGAUCACAGACCUCGUCUUGGUCAGACCUGAUCAGAACUGUUACAGCUGGCGACAGGGGUUUGGAGUUUUUGUGCUGCACCAGGUCUUCAUGAAUAGUCCGUCUCGAUGCCUGAAGGUUCUAUCCCUCCUUCUUGUGGGGACACCUCUGGUCAAGAGCUCCGCCUCUCCACAGCCUCGAUCAGCAGUAAUGACAGUGGACCAUCAGCCACGUCCUCCCGGUCUUCAGAACAACGUCCACCAAGCCUGAUCUCCACGCUGUCCUCGGGCUCUGGAGUCUCCCGAGACCUCGCCCCCUCGCCCUCAUCCCUGGGGGAGCCCACCCCCGAUGUGAACCCAGUCCCUGUUGAGGACGGAGACGAGGAGAUGCCAUGCCCACAGUCUGAGAACAGGAAGCAGAGUCCUGGGCAGCAACAGAACAGCAUCAUGGUGCCAAACCAUCAGCUGACGUACCUGGACCGUGUAGUGACGGAAAUAGUUGAAACGGAGAGGACAUAUGUCAGGGAUCUGCGAAUGAUUGUGGAGGAUUAUCUGGCCUACAUCAUCGAGCACUCUGGUUUGCUGAUUCGUCCUGAACAGGUUUGUUUUCUGUUCGGAAACAUCGAGGACAUUUAUGAAUUUAACAGUGAGCUGCUCCAGGAUAUGGAUCAGUGCCACAAAGACCCAGUUGCUAUCGCUCACUGCUUUGUUACAAAGAGUGAAUAUUUUGAGGUUUACACUCAAUACUGCACCAAUUACCCCAAUUCUGUGGCAACACUGACAGAGUGCAUGAGGAACCAGUCCUUGGCUAAGUUCUUCAGAGAACGUCAGGCUCAGCUAAAGUGCUCACUGCCCCUCGGUUCCUUCUUGCUGAAACCAGUACAGAGGAUCCUGAAGUACCACCUGCUACUUCAAGAGAUAGCGAAGCACUUUGACCCUCAGGAGGAGGAGGGUUUGGAGGUGGUCCAGGAGGCCAUCUGGACCAUGACUGGUGUGGCCUGGUACAUUAACGACAUGAAGAGGAAACAUGAACACUCCAUCAGGUUGCAGGAGGUCCAGUCUUUGCUCCUGAACUGGAAAGGUCCGGAUCUCACCACCUUUGGAGAACUGGUUCUGGAGGGAACAUUCAAAGUUCAUCGAGCCAAAACCGAGAGAACACUCUUCCUCUUCGACCGCAUGCUGCUCAUCACCAAGCACCGCGGAGAACACUAUGUCUACAAGGCCCACAUCUCUUGCUCCACCCUGAUGUUGAUCGAAAGCGCCAAAGAUUCUCUGAGUUUCAGCGUCACACACUACAAACAUCCCAAACAGCCCCACACUGUCCAGGCGAAAACUGUGGAAGAGAAGAAACUGUGGGCCCAUCACAUCAAACGCAUUAUUCUAGAAAAUCACCAGGCCAUAAUCCCACAGAAGGCAAAAGAUGCCAUCCUAGAAAUGGAUCAGAUGCCUGUGUCUUUUUCCGUCCCACUCUUCACAGAUACUAACCGAUACCACUACAGUCCUGAUCGCCUGAAGAAAGAGUUUCGCCGUAAAAAUCGUGGAUUUCGCCGGUCAGAGCCAAACAGGCCGACACCCACUUCUCAGGCCAAAGUCCCGUUGAAGGCUGAUAUCAGCUAUAGCAGCCCAGAGGGUCCAGUCAGGGAUCAAUCUGGAGACGAGGAGUCUGGUAGAAUUCAGGAUCUCCUGAAGGACCUGGUCCAAAUUCAGGAGGAGCAGGUAGAGGACCCCCAUCAGAUUGAAGAACAAGACAUUGACGAGGUCCUGCUGGAGGACCAUCAGGUAGAGGACUUCACCAGCUCAGUUCUGGCCUCCAUCUCCUUCUGGUCCCUCAGGGUUCAGAUCUUUGAGUCCAGUUUGGUGACGCAAAGAGAAGGGGGCAUAAUUUCCCGUUUGGAUUCACAACAUCUUGAAGAAAAAGAAGAAGACGAUAAGGGAAGAAGUGAACAGGAAUCUGGGCAGGUCCAGAAGACAACCUCAGAAUCUGAACCCACAGAAAACUCUGAACCAAAGUCCUCCCCCAAACCAGAUGUUCCUGUGACCUCAACAUCUCCUCCCGAAUGUGAGGAAAUGGAGCUCGAAGAAAAUACUGAGUCCAGGGAUGAAGAACCGUCUGCAGUGUCAGAUCCAGAACCAAAGACCCAGAGCAGUGAGGAGUAUUCAGAGGAAGAUGAUGAGGAGAAGGAACCAGAACCCAGCAGGAUUCUGCCCUCCUCAGUUCUUGACAGAUCUAGUGCCAUUGCAGAGCACUUCAGCAGCAGCAGAGGUGGUGUGGAUCUGGACCGUGCCCAGUCUCUCUCACCACGGUCACCUGGCUGGACAGGCAGAAGCUAUCGCCUCAGCACUAAACGGGAAGACCAGACCUCUGGACUGGACUGCAUCUGUUCGGAUCUGUCCGAGGCUUUUUCCACAGCCGAAUCUGCCGUGGUGUCCCCUCGAGAUGACAAGCUUUCUGAUGUCAACAAUGGACUUUGCCAGAGGCGGGACUCCAUUCUAUCCAAACAAGACAAGUUGCUUAUUAACAAGAUCAAGAGCUACUACGAGAACGCAGAGAACCAGGAUGCUAGCUUCAAACUGCAGCGUAGAGAGAGUCUGACCUACAUCCCAGUCGGGCUGGUCAGGAGUUCAAUCAGCCGACUCAACAGCAUCCCAAAAGAUGAACCGGUUUUCACCACUCUUCAGCAGGCCUCCAUUAAAACCACUCCAGCUUUAACUGAAGAUGCCACGGUCUCUGGUGGAGUGCUCGACUUUUCCAGUUCCACUCAGACAGAUAACCACCCAAAGAAUAACACAGAAGAUCUGAUGUUCUCGUGUCAGGAGAAUCCACCUUUGGAUGAAGAGUUCAGACCCUCAUCUGAAAUGAUCAAGAUCUGGCAGACAAUGGAGCAAGAGAUUAUUGGAACACAGCGACUGGACACCCCGCGGAUUGUAAGAGGACCAGACCUUCCCCUUUCGGAUUCUAACAAAAUUCCAAAGAAGACCUGUGACCCAAUAAAGGAAGUGUCUGACAUUAAAUCCACUACAAAGGAGUCCAAAUCCUCAGGUGUGGAAGAAAGCUCAGAGGUCCUCAGGGAGCCAGUCUCUCAAGUGGAUCAACUGAAGGUAGCAGGAGGAAGUCGACCAGAGGAGGUCUCAAAUGACAAAGACUUAGACCUGAGGAUGAGCAAAGUCCAGCACCUGGCUCGAAAGUAUAGCCAGAAAAUCAAAACCACUAAGUCUUUAGUGCGACCUCGAAAAAUGGUUCUGCCCUGUGUGAUGGAGGAGGCGGAAUCUUCAGGAAAACAAAAUCCUAGUCUGAUGCACCAGAUCUCUGUUCCACCAUCAAGUCCUGAAGGCCGGGCCUCCCCUCCAAUCUUGGAGCCCUCAGGCCAGACCUGCCCCCGUGGUCUCCUCAGUCCUCCUCCAACAAAGGAAGACUUUACCUGGCCUGAUGUUCGACAGUUGCGUUCCAAAUAUUGGGAACAUCAGAGACCUGUGGAGCAGAUGUUGGAGAGAGGUAUGAGGAGGCACUCCAGCUGCCUGUGUGGACCUCUGAGGUCUUCUGGUGACCAGAAAGAGGCUGAAAAACAGAUCCAACGAGCCAGUUCUCUAGACCUGCAAAGGUGCCAAGAUCAGGGCGUGAAAAACAGCUACGGAGGUUUCUUUAUUGCAGCUGAAGCACUGUUGACUGAAGAUCCUGAUCACAAGAUCAUCGUCAUGGAGAAAAUUCCAGAAACCGAGUCAGAGUCCACUGAGGUAGACAUCAAAUCUGAAGAUCAAGAAAAAGACAAUGGUGGUUACGUGGAGAUCCAUUCUCCAACCAGCAGGGAGAAGAUCUCCAUUAUGGCUGUCAUCGACCGCUGCAGGAUUUAUCAGGACUCUGAUGAAUACAAGCUAAGAACAAACCCUGAAUCAGUGAGACCUCAAGAACCCGACAAGACUGCUGGGUCUCCAAAAACAUGGGAGAACAACGAGACAAGUGAGAAGGUUCCAGAAGAUGAGCAGAGUACUGAUGAGGGUCCGCAAAGCAUAGUGAAAAACCUGACAGAAAAGUUCCAGAGUCUGAGGUGAAUGGACUGACCUCAAAUCUUCUAUCAGCAGUUUGAUUCCUGUCCACGAGAGCUUUUAUCGUUUUACAAAGUCUUAAAAAACAAAACUGAAUUUUUGACCUGUCCGUUUUUAAGUGUCUGUCCUGGUCUGAAACAAAACGAAUGAAGCACAAAGUUUCGAAUAAAUGACAAAAAUAACAACGAACUCACGACAAUAACAACAAGACAAAAGCUGACAAGCUGUUACUGACAGUUCUGAUUGGUGGAGGAACAGAAAGAUAAUGUUUGGUGUAAAGUUUAUAAAAGAUUAACCUCUUCCGCUCAAAUGUGAUUUAGUGAAUCUACUGAUCUGUGAAUUUAUCGGCUGUUUAUCUGGUUUUGUACAUUAAAUAGACCCACUCUAAAAAUGUCUAUAAAUAGUGGGAUGUUAAAAAUAACCUUAGUGAACAAUAACAGUGAUAAAACAUAACAGUGAAUGAAACCAACACUUUUAUUUGCACCAUCAAUGCAGUUGUCAGUCAAAAAGCUUCUAAUUCUGUCUCUGUCCUCCACCUUUGUCAGACGUACACCCUCACAGCCACACCUCAUGUUGGACACCUCAGUGAACACUAAUUCAUUCACUUCUCACUUUUUAAAGCUGCUGAACAAACAUUUUGUACAUUAAUUUACUGUGGUAAUUUGCAUAAACCAAUUGAUUCGGUGAUUAUGCUAAGACUGCUUAGGGAACUGCAAUAAUCAGACAGGUGGUCAGAGAGGGAGGAAAUGUUAUUACCAUGAUGUUGAAGCAGCUUCCUUUCUUAAUACUAUAUUCAACGAUGAAAGCCUUUGAAUAUGAAUGAUCCUAAUUAACAGACAAAUGAGUGAAAUCUCAUUUGAAUUUCUAUAGUAAUUAUAUUUGCAAGUAGACUGAGGAAAGAGCUCUCAUCACUUGUUUCAAAUAGGAUUCAAACCCAAAAUUUAAGAUACCCUGGAGAGACGUUUCCUGCAGUUACCCAUAGUAAAAACACUGAAAGAUAAAUUUGAAUAUACUGCUGUGUUUUAGUAAAACGGUUAAAAUUCAUUUAGUACUUGGAUAACUCCAAUAUUAUAUUAUUCUCAGGAAAUAGUCAAAUAGUCAGUCAGAGGCUCUAGUCACUGCAUGGAGCAGACCGCAGUACUUAUCUACACUACAGUGCUUCAAUAGCACAUAUACAUAUGGUGCAUGUUGUGAGUCUAUCCAAAGAUCAGUGAUGUAUUUUAGUCCAGUUACCUCAGCAUCUGUGUUGGUGUUGUCAGAAUAAAUCAGUUCCAAACAGUGUCAUUGCGGUGGUGGACAGUUUGAACCAAGCAGGGAAUUUGUUUAAUAUAUUUAGGGAGACGAUCCAACAGUCGACUGGAGAGCUGUGUUAUGGUGAUGGAUAGUACAGGAUCACAGAAUCAGCAUAUGUAAUAAACCCAUUAAGAUGUUUCCCAGUAAUGAAGAGCCGUGUUAAUGGCUGGAUAUUUAUCAGAUCACCCAGGAUAUAGUUGUUGGUUAAUCAGUGUUUUAAAUGUAUCAUCAUAUUUUCCUAUACACGUGUUAUACAGUAUAUAUGAGUCAAUUUGAAUUAUUUUCCUAAAUUGCCCAUUGGUUGAAUGCAGUGUCUACUAUAUACUAUAUAGAAUAAAAAUGAUCAUCCUGAGUCUGCUUUGAAAUAUUUAUCAGGGAGAAAACUCGCUGCUGCGGUACAGUACGACCACUGGUAUUGUCACUCAGUGAUGCCACGAUGUACAGAGUGUUACUUCAAACCGUCUUCCACAACUUCACACUGGUGUUACAGUUAACUCUCCUACGGCUGUUUCUGUUUUAGUCAACAACUGUGAUUAAAGCUCCAUAAUAAAAUCAUCUGAAUCUG